AUGCUUUCACGGAGUCUUUCAACCGAGACUAAGCACGACCCUAGCCAUAAAAAGCGAGAUGUAGGAGACAAUGAUGGCGGAGACUUUCUGUCGAAGCGCUCUCGGGUCGAAGAAUCCUUUUCCAACAUCGAUCUGUCGACCUUUCAAAAGAAGAAGUCACCCGUCGCUACACGGACUGGACAAGCCUGUGAUCGCUGCAAGAUACGCAAGAUCCGAUGCGAUGCUCGCCCUGAAGGAUGCUCUCCGUGCAUGCAAAACAACACAAUAUGCAGGACGACAGACCGGAUCACUGGCCGUGCGACCUCACGUGGCCAUACUGAAACCCUUGAACAGGACAACGCUGCUUUGGCCUCAUACCUACUCGAACUGCAGCAACAACUACGGGAUCAUGGCCUAGAGCCCAAGCAGUCCCCUGAGGACAUAUUGUCAUAUCUCUCAAGCGAACCCGGAUCGCGUGCCACUUCAUUUUCGGACGCGGCACAAUCACAUGACAACCAGCCUCGCGGAAACGCGCGCUCGCCGGACACUCAGAUUAGCCAUCAGCACAUUGCACUUCCUCAUUUCCGAGCAGGGUGCGUGGGCGACAACUAUUUCGGCGUUUCCACAGACAACAACGCCCUUGGUUCAAUCGAAGGAACAUCAUUGGCACUAUUUGGUACUAAAAUAGACCUGGUGGAGUUCACAGUAGGAGAGGGAGAUCCAGCAACCGCGCCCAUGUCAUAUCACAGCUUUCUACGAUAUGCCUUUGCUGAGACGAGACAGAGCCACUGUGAUCUACCAAGCUUCGAAAAGUGCAAACUUUACGCCGAUUGGUACUUCCGCUCAUUCCAGCCGUUUGUUCCAGUCCUCUGUCGCCUUGAUUUUUCGUCACUUUUGAAUCGCAUUUUUCUGGAGGCAUACCAGCCUAGCCCUGCAGAGGUUGUCAUGGUGCACAUGCUCAUGGCCAGCAUGGACUUUCAGAUACAUGCCCGAAACGCAGACGAAAAAUGUCUUCAAGACUCAGUGCAGCAUUAUCACUAUGCUAUUGGCUUCGUUCCUGAACUUAUCGCAAGUCACACCUUGGAAGAUAUGCAAGCACUGACGAUGAUUUGUGGACACCUGCGCUGUCAACCUCGGCCCGGGGCGGCUUGGUGGUUUACGCAUACCGUGAUGAGCCUGGCGAUAGAGUCCGGCCUACACCGUUCGGCCAGUGCCUGGAAAGGCUCUUCGUUCAAUCAGGAUCCACAUCACCUGGAAAUGCGCAAGCGAGUGUUCUGGACACUGCUAUUUUACACUGUUCAGAUAAGCGGCAAGCUGGGUCGUCCAAUGCCUUUACGCAUCGAGGAUUUCGACAUCGAGGUCCCCAAGGCAAUUGAUGAUGACCUGCCGUCGGAUCUUGAUCUCUCACCUUUCAGGAAAUGCACCUACCGGGCGGGCAUCGAGACGGCCAAAUUGAUGCCGAUCGUCCUGAACAUAUAUUCCACGAUAUACACCAUCAACUCCACUGGGCAAUAUGAACGAAACGCGAAGAGGCUUGGGGACGAGCUCGAUACGUUCUAUGCUAGCAUUCCAAACGAACUAAAGGUCGGUGAACACACCAAGGAUGAAGCUCGCGUUGCCGCACUCUAUCUUGACUUGCUUGUUGGGGAGCACCAAUUACUGCUGCAUCAUCCAGCCGUGUGUCGGACACGAUCGCCAGAGGUUAUCGCUCGCAGUCUUGAUAAGUGUUUGACUUGGAGCACCAAAAUUCUGGCUGCAGCGGUACAACUCAAGUCCUUCAAAAGUCUUGAUACCACCUUGUAUGGUACCACCACAUUUCUUGCCGCGAUUUUCAUCACCCUCUUCAUCAUGCAACAAAGGAGAAAGGAGAUCACGAAGAAGAGUUUCCGGCAACUGCAAGUCGACAUUGAACUAUGGCUGGACGUCUUCGGGGAAGUGGGCCACCUUCUUGGUAUGGCAAUCUUAGAUUUGUGUUCUGGACUAUGCUGA